GUCGAACUGCAACCUCCCGUGCUAUCGCUGUGUUGCUAAUGUAAAUCUUUUAACUGUUUGAGCCGAUAGAGACCUUUAACAAUUAUCAUAUUUUUUUUGUGAGGAAUGCCGACAUUUAGCCAGUGGACACUUGGUUAGCAAGCUAGGAUAAGUAUGCUUUUAUCGUUAAAAUUGUAUCAAUAGCCUGGCUACACUGUAACAAAAUAGUAUGUGUGAUAAUUUGUUGACUAGGAAAGGUGAGACAUUCUCUGUCAAUAUCGCCUUUUUUAUUACGUUGCAAUGUUGACGACUCACACCUGUUGCUCAAGUAUUACAUCUAGCUAAAAACUAGCUAUGCUCAAUUUAGAUAUUAGUCCCAGACAACACAGUUCAUCCAGAUAUCAACUUUAGCUAUUUAAAUAUAUAGGUGGGAAGUGGACUCUCCCGGUCUGGAAGGGGAUCUGGUCCAUUUAUUACAGGUUGCAUUUCCUCAUGGCAAAAGAAGAAUGCAUAACACAAUGGAACAAAACAGGGGACACUUCAACACUACGAAACAGGAAAAUAUGUCUCACCUCAGAAAAGACUCUCCAAGCCCCAUCCACCUCUUUGUCAAAAGACAAACACAGUCACACUGCUGGACAUUUGUCAGAAGAUGACACCCAGUCUUCAAAUGGUGCUCAGUUUUCCACCAGAGGAAAUCUCAGUAAGGAUCCUCCAAGCAGGGUGCUGCUGAUGUUGCUGGUGGGGCUGUCUUUCUCCACACGCCUCUACAAGAUAACAGAGCCCCCUCAUGUAUGCUGGGAUGAGACACACUUUGGAAAGAUGGGGAGCUACUACAUCAACAGGACCUUCUUUUUUGACGUCCAUCCUCCUCUUGGAAAGAUGCUGAUUGGUCUUGCUGGGUACAUGACCGGUUAUGAUGGCUCCUUUCCUUUCAUAAAGCCUGGAGAUAAAUAUGAUCAUCACAACUACUGGGGGAUGAGAGGGUUCUGUGCCGUGCUUGGCUCCUGUCUCCCAAUCUUUGCCUACCUCAUAGUGCUGGAGUUGUCUCAGUCUCAAACUGCUGCCCUCAUCACUGCCACCUUGCUCAUAUUUGACACUGGCUCUAUCACCAUUUCCCAGUACAUCCUGUUAGACCCUAUACUCUUGUUCUUCAUCAUGGCAGCAGUGCUGAGCAUGGUCAAGUUCAACCAGCAGAGAUACAGGCCCUUUGCUGCCUCCUGGUGGCUGUGGUUGGUACUGACGGGUGUAAACCUUGCUGGGGCAUUAGGGGUGAAGUUUGUGGGUCUGUUUGUCAUUCUGUUGGUGGGACUGAACACAAUCUGGGACCUCUGGAGAAUUCUGGGAGACCUGAGCCUCUCACUGGUUGAAAUUGCAAAGCACUUCCUGGCUCGGGUUGUUGGUCUCAUCCUGUUUCCACUUUUCCUCUACGUUACAAUAUUUGCAAUCCACUUUGUUGUGUUGAACAAAAGUGGACCAGGAGAUGGUUUCUUCAGUUCAGCCUUUCAGUCCCGACUGAUCGGGAACAAUCUACACAACGCAUCCAUGCCUGAGUACCUGGCAUUUGGCUCCACCAUCACAAUUAAAAACCUCCGGAUUGCUGGAGGAUAUCUGCACUCUCAUUGGCACUUAUACCCAGAGGGAGUGGGAUCAAAGCAGCAGCAGGUGACAGCCUACCUCCAUAAAGACUACAACAACUUGUGGCUCGUUCACAGACCGGAUGAAAAUGAAUCUCAAUCUGGGACACCUGACCUGGUUCGUCAUGGAGACAUCAUUAGACUCGAGCACGUAGAAACAACCCGUAACCUUCACAGUCACCUCCAUGAGGCCCCUCUGACCAAGAAACACUUCCAGGUUACAGGAUAUGGCAUUAAUGGCACGGGUGACAAAAACGACCUGUGGCAGGUGGAGGUGUGUGGAGGCCGUAAGGGGGACCUGGUGAAGGUGCUGCGUAGCAAAGUGCGCUUCCUGCACCGAGCUACCGGCUGUGUGCUUUACUCCUCUGGAAAGACUCUCCCAAAGUGGGGCUGGGAACAGGUGGAGGUGACCUGUAGUCCCUACUUAAAGGAGACUCCCAGCUCUCAGUGGAACAUUGAAGAUCAUAUCAACCCCAGCUUGCCCAACAUUAGUUUGUCUGUGCUGAAGCCCCAUUUCCUGGAGAUCUUACUGGAGUCCCACAUUGUGAUGAUAAGAGGUAACAGUGGCCUGAAACCCAAAGACAAUGAGAUGAACUCAAAACCCUGGCAUUGGCCAGUCAACUAUCAGGGUCUGAGGUUUUCUGGAGUGAAUGACACAGAGUAUCGUGUUUACCUGCUGGGGAACCCCGUGGUUUGGUGGAUACAUUUGGCUAGUUUGGGAUUGUAUCCUAUCAUGGCGGCAGUGGCAGCUAUAGCCCUCAAAAGAGGUUUCUCAUUGAGCCAAAAAAGAAUAGAGCAUUCUCAUGUUCUCAUGAGAGAAGGAGGACUGCUGUUCCUCGCCUGGCUGCUGCACUAUGCACCUUUCUAUACGAUGGGCCGUAUCCUCUACUACCACCAUUACUUCCCUGCAAUGCUCUUCAGCAGCAUGCUCACAGGAAUUACAUUUGACAUUCUGUUGAAAAGCACUGACCUUCUAAUUCGCCGGCCUUAUUGUGAUUGGCUGCAGAGACUCGGGCAGAUGGUUCUUCUCUUCAGUAUUCUUUACAGUUUCUACCUGUUUCAUCCGCUCUCCUACGGCAUGAAGGGUCCUCUGGCACACGAGCCAGGCAGCGCCAUGGCCGGCCUGAAGUGGAUGGACUCCUGGGAGUUCUAGUCAGCUUUGCACGAAGAAGACAGAUUUUAUUUUAAUGUAGAACUGGUCUGACUAUGAGGGACUUAUGGUCUAAUUUUACAUAAUGUACUGACUGCACACACUACCAUAGAAUCUCUACCAACUCAUGUAUUAUUGAGUGUCCGAACAUUUCUUAUUGUUGAGUAUUAAAGCAUGUCAUGUGUAAAGAGUGCUUUAUGAGAAUGAUCUGAAUCAGUGCAAUAUAAAUGCCAGAGUGUUGUGAAGUAUUUAGGAAUACAGAUCUAGACAAUAAUGUUCACCAAGCUGCCUUAACUAACUCCACAUCUCAUAUCUUGGACUUAAAGAAAUACAAUGUGCGUACUGUAUGUCACAAUAAGCUCAAGUGCCUGUAAGGAGCUAGUAAAAUAACUCUAAAAAUGUUUCAAAUGCUGCAUCUCAGUGUUGGUGACUUUUAACGAAACACUGUUUGGUACGUAGUUAUAGGCUAUCGGAGACUGUAUUUUGUUUGUGUUUGUCUUGAUCGUAGUGCCCAGUAUUUUUGAAUUGUAUUUAGCGAUCAGUGCUAUCAAGUACUUGUUUCUGUUUUUACUUUGUAAAACUACUAGUGACUUUGUCACAUUUCAGUAUGAUGAAUAAACUGUGAUAUUCUUGUAA